AUGCGCUUUUGCUCUGUUGGGCUGAUGGAUGUUUGUUGAUUUAUUUUAUUGUCAAUCGUGUCGAUUCAAGAGUUAAUUUUUUAUCUUGUUUUCUUCGGCCAAAAUAAGCCAGAUAACGUAAUUAAAAUUGCAUAAUUAGUUGGAGUUAUGUCCCAAAAAUCAAUAUUAUCGUUUUUCGCGAAAGCGAAUGUCAAGAAAUCCGAUGACGAAGUCGUUAAUCGUGAGAAGUGCAGUGCGGCGAACGGAAAGGGGAAACAAACCGACGACGCGCCGGACAAUAACAAUGCGGUUAGCAAAAGGUCGGAUGACGAGGACAGUCCAGUUAAGCGUUCCGGAGGUGGUACAGCCGGGCGAAAGUCUGCCGCAGCUGCGUUUGAUUCUUCACCUUCUCCGUCACCGGAGAAGAAGGCUUCCGGCGAACUGAAGACCAUUUCCGGUGAUAGCGGACCGAAGCGACGUAGAAUAACGUCGUCCAGCGAAGAGGAAGAAACGCCUUCGAAAAAUGUCAGCCCAAAAAAAGAGAAGCAAAAAGAUGUCAAGAAGGAAAAAAUAAGUCCGGAAAAAAAGCCUAAAUUGGAAUCAAAGUCUAAAAAAGCGGUAGAAACGAAGAAGUCUCCUAAAACGUCGCCAAAGAGUAGUUCUCCGAAGGAAAAGAAAUCGGCUAAAUCGGACAAGAAAACGAUAAAAGAAGAGAAGAAACCAGCAAAGGAAGAGAAAAAACCAAUAAAAGAGGAGAAAACUGCUGUUAGUGAGGACGUUGAAAUGAAAGAAGCCAAGAAGGAAGUUGAAUCGCCGAAAAAGGACACAAAACCGAUCGAUGUCAAGGACAAAACGGCGAACGUGAUGAGUUUCUUCACUAGCGCCGGUAAGAAGGACGCGGGUUCGAGUGGCAGCACCUCCAAGGUGGAUGGCGUCGACUACAAUCCAGGCAAAAAGAACUACCACCCGCUCAAUGAUGCGUUCUGGAAGCAGGGUGACAAGGUGCCUUAUCUGGCGCUGGCCAGAACCUUCCAGAUAAUCGAAGAAACCAGCGGACGGUUACGGAUGAUCGAGAUUUUGAGCAACUACUUCCGGUCGGUUAUUUUGCUCAGUCCAAAGGACUUGCUGGCGAGCGUCUAUCUCAGUCUAAAUCAGUUGGCACCGGCUUACGAGGGUGUGGAGUUGGGAAUCGCUGAGCACUCGCUGAUGAAAGCCAUUGCUCAAAGCACGGGACGCAGCUUGACGCAGAUUAAGACCGAUGCUCAGAAUACGGGCGAUUUGGGAUUGGUGGCCGAACAGUCCAAGAGUAGCCAACGGAUGAUGUUCCGUCCGGCACCGCAUACCGUGGAAGGAGUGUUUGGGAAGUUGAAGGAGAUUGCCAAGAUGACCGGAACUGCUUCGAUGGCCAAGAAGAUGGACAAAAUACAGUCGAUGUUUGUCGCGUGCCGUCACUCGGAAGCUCGCUUCAUCAUUCGUUCGCUUGCCGGUAAGCUGCGGAUAGGACUCGCAGAGCAAUCUUUACUCCAGGCAGUGGCUCAAGCAUGCGCCAUGACUCCGCCCAAUCAAGCAGACAGAAAGGAACCCAUCACGAAUGCUCUGAGUAAGUGCAGCGAAGCAUCAGCAAAGGCCAAGGUGGACAACAUUGCUCUUAUCUUGAAAACGGUCUACUGUCAGUGCCCGAACUACAAUCAAAUUGUCCCGGUCCUGUUGGAGGACGGUAUCGACCAUUUGCUGGAGAAGUGUCCGAUGAUGCCGGGAACUCCUCUGAAACCCAUGUUGGCGCAUCCCACAAAAGGCGUACAGGAAGUGUUGGAGCGUUUCGAUGGGAUCGAUUUUACCUGCGAAUGGAAGUACGAUGGAGAACGCGCUCAGAUCCACUUGCUGGAGGAUGGCAGUGUCAACAUCUACAGCCGAAACCAGGAGAACAACACGAGCAAGUAUCCGGACGUCAUUGCCCGGUUGGGUAACACACGCGGCGAAACGGUGAAAAGCGCCAUCCUGGAUUGCGAAGCUGUAGCAUGGGAUCAGGAAAAGAAGCAAAUUCUACCCUUCCAAAUCCUUAGCACCCGCAAGCGGAAGGACGCCAACGAAGCCGACAUCAAGGUGCAGGUAUGCGUGUACAUGUUCGAUUUGUUGUAUCUGAAUGGACAGCCCCUCGUGGAGCGGCCAUUCCUCGAGCGCCGCGAACUUAUGUACAAAAAUUUCCGCGAGUUCGAAGGUGAAUGGAAGUACGCUACUCGUUUGGAUACGGCAGACAUCGAUGAACUGCAGUGCUUCCUGGACGAAGCCGUGAAGGGUAACUGCGAAGGCCUCAUGGUCAAAACUCUCCAGAAAGAAGCCACCUACGAAAUCGCCAAACGAUCUCGGAACUGGCUCAAACUCAAAAAAGACUAUCUCUCCGGCGUUGGAGACUCUCUGGAUCUUGUCGUAAUCGGCGGAUACAAAGGCAAGGGCAAGCGAACCGGAACCUACGGAGGUUUCCUGCUUGCCUGCUACGACGAAGACAACGAAGAAUACCAGAGCAUCUGCAAGAUCGGAACCGGAUUCUCCGACGAAGAUCUCCAAACGCACACAAACUUUUUGAAGGACAAGAUCAUCCCGCGUGCGAAGAAUUACUACCGCUACGACUCAUCACACGAGCCGGACGACUGGUUCGAACCGGCUCAGGUCUGGGAGGUGCUCUGCGCCGAUCUGUCGCUCAGUCCGGUGCAUCGCGCCGCCCAAGGAAUCAUCGACUCGGAGAAGGGCAUUUCGCUGCGCUUCCCACGGUUCAUCAAAAUCCGGGACGACAAGGGAACGACGGAUGCCACUUCGGCCAAACAGGUUGCCGACAUGUAUAUGAACCAGGACCAGAUCAAAAACCAGCAGCAGAACAACCAACGGGAUGCCGAAGAGGACUUCUACUAGGAAUUAGGUGUACUAUUUGUUAACUGUGGUUUACUUAUUUCGUUCGAACCCUUACAAUUACGAUCACAAUUGUGAAAUAAAUUACUUGAAAUGCUA